AAUCCUCCAAGCAAGACCUUCCAGCAGCUAAACUGCAGCUAUGCCACCGAUGGCCAUGGAGCUUAUCAAGGUUCGCCAACUCCUCACCAUAUUGCUUCUCUUUCAUCUUCAUCCGUUCUCUGUAGCCGCUGCUACUGCUGUACUCCCCAAGGAAGCACUGCCCACAAAGUCCGGCUACCUACCAAUCAACAAAACCACAGGAUCAGCCAUCUUCUUCACUUUCUAUGAAGCCAUCCAGCCUUCCUCUGCCAACACCUCCCAGACCCCACUUCUCAUCUGGCUCCAAGGUGGGCCUGGAUGCUCCUCCAUGAUCGGAAACUUCUUCGAGCUCGGCCCGUGGAAGUUCUCCGCCGACAACCCAGACCUCCAGCCAAAUCCCCACUCCUGGAAUCGUCGCUUCGGCCUCCUGUUCCUCGACAACCCGAUCGGAACGGGCUUCAGCAUCGCUGCAAAUCAAUCUGAGAUUCCCACCAAUCAGAAGUCCGUCUCCCGGCAUCUCUAUAUUGCUUUCCAGUACUUCCUCUCGACAAACCCGGGGUUCCAGUCUCGCCCCCUGUACAUCACGGGCGAGAGUUAUGCGGGGAAGUACGUUCCGGCAUUUGGGUACUAUGUCUUGAACAAGAACCGAAAGGUGAAGCCAUCUCGCCAGAUAAAUCUCCAGGGAGUUGCGAUCGGCAACGGCUUGACGGAUCCCGAAGUUCAAGUAACAACACACGCUGCAUCUGCAUAUUUCUCAGGUCUGAUCAAUGCUGAGCAGAAGUUCGAGUUGGAGAAACUUCAAAUUUCUACUGUGGAACGGAUUAAACUCCAAAAAUGGCGUGAAGCAACAGAUACUAGAAACCAGGUUCUACAUUUUCUUCAGAGUGCGAGUGGGUUACCUACACUCUAUGACUUGAGGAGGACAAGGCCUUAUGAGACAAAGAUGAUAGUAGAUUUCCUAGGAAAUGAAACUGUCAAACAGGCACUUGGUGCCAAAAUGGAUAUCGUCUUUGAGGAGUGCAGUGACUUGGUAAGCUUUGUCUUGCAUGAAGAUGUGAUGAAAAGUGUGAAGUUUAUGGUUGAAACGCUAGUUGCGAAGGUAAGAGUUCUGCUAUACCAAGGGCUUUUCGACCUGAGGGACGGCGUUGUCUCGACUGAAGCUUGGAUCGAAAAGAUGAACUGGGAGGGACUGAAGUGGUUUUUGAUGGCAAAGAGGAAAGUGUGGAAGGUGGAGGGAGAAUUCAGUGGGUCUGUUCAGAGAUGGGGGAAACUGAGCCAUGUUGUUGUCGCUGGUGCAGGACACCUAGUCCCUGCUGACCAGGGACUGCAUUCUCAAUCCAUGAUUGAGGAAUGGGUGUUAGAGGAAGGCUACUUUGGAGAUGAUGAAGAUGCGGCAGGGAUUCGGAAGGCCAUCUGAAAGCACGUUCAAGGAGACCAUGACUCAAUCAGGCAGAUUAAGUUUUCCAUUUUUUCAGUACCUUGGCUUUUUGGGUAGAUAUUGGUGAUCCGACUUGGUUUUUAUGCAUGUAUAUUUGGAAACCAUGUAGCGAUUUUGCUUGGUUGCUAUGUUAUGCGUUCAGCUUAAAGAUGGUAAGGCUGCAAAGGAUAGGAGCUCCUUUUUUUUACGGGGACAAUGGUGAUUCAACUUAUGCCAAUUACCGCACGCUAUUAUUUAUAUGCGUGUACACUAGGAAAUGAUCUAGUCAUUUUGCUUGGUUGCUAUGUUAUGCCGGAAACAAGAAAAGAAGAGAGCUUGCAAAAAGGGAGGGAGGGAGGGAGGGAGGGAAAGAGAGAGUAAAUUGUAGUCGGAACCAACCGCCAGCCAAGUGGGGUGAUAUGAUCAUGAGCCGAUAGUAGAAAGGAACAAACAAGCAGCGAAUUUCUCUGAAGACUCAGUUUCGUUCUUUUUGGACGUAUCACCGGCAGCAGACGAGCCAGGAAUGCCAUGUGAAGAGCCAAAUCCGGAAUAUUGAAGAUGGAGAAGAAAAAAGAAGCAGCUGACGGGGUUAGAUCGAUCGAUAAGAAAGGAGGUGAUAGUUGGCCAAACAAUGGCUAAAAUAUUUCGAAAGAAAGGGCCAGUGGCAAAAAGGCAUCCGCGAGUAACGUCAGACCUGCCUCCCUUGCACCUCUGUUGCCGAAACCUGUUAGCACCUUUUUGUCACUUGCCCUCCUUUCGAGAUAUCUUAGUUACUGUUUGGCUCACCCUCUCUUCAUUGUCCUGGUUUUGAUUCUUCACUUAGCAUUCAUUGCUCAUCUACUACUACUGGCGGGCUUGGAAGGGGCAUAGCAACCGGCUCUUCAAGGAUGUUAACUGCUUAUAUGCUUCUUUCUGCUAUCAACUUUGGGACGAUGUUCACAUCGCCCUCAUGCUUUGCAUACCGCUCUCUCUCUCUCUCUCUCUCUCUGUGUGUGUGUGUGCGCGUGUGCACGCAUGUGUGUGAGUUCAUAUCUUAUCUUGGUUGCUAUGUUAUGUAUUCUAUGUCA